UUAUUAAAAUUAAAUUAUUAAAAAAUUAGAAAUGAAAAUAAAUUUCUAAAUUUAUUUUCUGAAGAUUAUGGUGAACUUGUAAUAUUAAAACAAAAUGUUUUGAACAUUUUUAGCACCCAAAAUAUACGUCAUAUCCACCAAUGUACGACAGGCAUUCCUGGCAUACCCCACAUGUCUGGCUGACCGCAUUUUUUUAGCGCACUGAUUUAUUGACUUUUUGACCCUUGCCUGGAAGACAUCAUGAAUAAAUCCAAGAAAAGGAAACAUUCUGAAGAUGGCAGAACAUUUAAUGCUACGUGGACAGAUCAUUUUGCUUUCACCACUGAUGAAACUGGUUCACCAGUCUUCUUAAUAUGUGGCAAAAGACUGGCAAGCAACAAGAAGUCAAAUGUUGAAAGACAUUUCGAGAACAAACACUCUGUCUUUACUAAAAAAUAUUCAGAGGGAGAGGAGAGAAAAAAGGCUGAUUCGGAGCUGAUGUGGAAGGCUGAAGCAAGCAGGAGUCACUUCAAGAAAUGGAUUAAGACCGAUCUUGAAAAUGUGUGCCAUCACAAGGCCAUUCUCGCUCAGAAUCACAAAUGGAGGGAAGUUGCAAACCUUCCCAAACAGGACAAACUUGUAUUCGAAACAUGGAAUGCCAUACCCGACAGCUACAUCAACAUGAAGAGGUAUGCAUUUGGAUUCUUUGCAAUCUUCGGAUCCACGUACAUCUGUGAGCAGGUCUUCUCCAACAUGAACUGUAUUAAAAACAAGCACCGCUCACACCUCACAGACCUCAGCUUACACUCCUGUUUGAAGAUGAAGGUGACAUCUUACAGCCCUGACAUGAAGACGCUGUGCGGCGAGGUUCAGGAGCUAAAAUCACAUUGACCAGGCCUCAUGGAGCUGGGGACACGCCACCUACUGUGGACCAAGGAGCUUCAUCCAUGCUGGCUUCGAAGCAGACGGCCAUAAAGGGUGGGGAACUUGGCUACCCUGCAGUUGUUUUCCUCUGCCCUUUUCCAAAGUUGCCCCCUUCGUUCCCCAAGGAAAAACCACUCCACUGUAUUGGAGAGUAACGACAUGAUCGGCAAGUUGAAACAGAACCUGCUGGUGGCCUGCCUGGUCAUUAGCUCAGUCACCGUCUUUUACCUUGGCCGGCAUGCAAUGGAGUGUCACCAUCGCUCUGAGGAGCACAGCCAUCCAGGAGGAGUCCUGCCUCUGUCCGCACUAGGAGGCAGCAUGCGGACCACCUUACGAACUGGCCAGAAUCUCAGCACACCGUUUGUUUACAACAAAGACACGCCACUGAUUUUUAUAGGGGGUGUUCCCAGAAGCGGUACCACACUGAUGAGAGCAAUGUUAGAUGCCCACCCAGAGGUACGCUGUGGAGAGGAGACGCGCGUCAUUCCCCGCAUCCUGGCCAUGAAACAGAUGUGGAGCCGUUCAGGACGGGAGAAGAUGCGCCUGGAUGAGGCUGGUGUAACAGAUGAGGUGCUGGAUGCUGCCAUGCAGGCCUUCCUACUGGAAAUCAUUGUCAAACACGGCGAGCCGGCAAACUUCCUCUGCAAUAAGGACCCGUUUGCACUGAAGUCACUCUCCUACCUGGCCAAGAUUUUCCCACGUGCCAAGUUUGUGCUCAUGAUUCGUGAUGGGAGGGCAUCGGUUCACUCCAUGAUCUCACGGAAAGUGACCAUUGCAGGAUUUGACCUGGGCAGCUAUCGUGACUGCCUGACCAAGUGGAAUCGGGCGAUAGAAACUAUGUACACUCAGUGCUUGGAGGCAGUGGACAAGUGCCUACCUAUGCACUAUGAACAGUUGGUCCUCCAUCCUGAGAAAUGGAUGCAGACACUGUUGAAGUUCCUAGAAGUUCCUUGGAAUGAUGCUGUCCUUCACCAUGAGGAGCUUAUUGGGAAAGCAGGGGGAGUUUCCCUUUCCAGGGUGGAGAGGUCCACAGACCAAGUCAUUAAGCCAGUAAACGUGGAAGCCUUGUCUAAAUGGGUGGGAAAGAUUCCACCUGAUGUGGUGAGGGACAUGGCUGUCAUCGCUCCCAUGCUUUCCAGACUGGGCUAUGACCCUCAUGCCAACCCCCCCAACUACGGGCAGCCGGACCCCAGAGUAUUGGACAACACCAGAAGGGUCUUUAAAGGUGAAUUUCAGCUCCCAGAUUUCCUAAAAGAGCAAUCACAGAUGCAGAAGUCUGCAGAGAGACCCAAUCCCAGUUAGAAGCAGAGGAACAGCUGGACCACAGCACAUAGCUCACUCUGUUCCUGCAUUUCUGUCCAGAACCGGGUGGAUCCAAGCUAAAAGACGCCUCUCCAUCUGCGCUGGACUUUGGCACAUCCAAGCUCUCUCCUCUGGUUCCUCUUCCUGUGGGCGGCUCUCUCUCCUCUGCUUCAGGAGGACCUUUGGCCUUCAAUGUUGUACCUUAACGUGAGAAGAUGUGCCGCUUCUCAGCACCAUGGAAUGUCUGCUGAUUGUUAUUUUGUGUCGCAUCACACUCAUCAAGUUUGUAGGAACGACCUCUGGAUGUUUAGAGAAAAAACUGUGAUUCUGUUGUAAGAAACUGCAGUGAUCUAAAAUCAAACCAGUAUAUAUGAAUGGGUGGAUUAGCUUUCAGAAGCUGCAAAACUUAUUUUAAUGUUUCAUUUUUGUUUCAAUGCCUUUUCAUUGUGCAAUGUCAUGGGUACUGUUUAUUUUAAUGUAUCGGAAAUGAUAAAUGAUGCUUUUUAAAAAACAACAACAACAAAAAACAAGUCUGUUGAUUGUUGCUUUUUUUUAUAUUUAAGAUGUCAUCAAUCUUUUCACUUGGAUGUAAUAUGACAAUAUGGAGGAAAAUAUGUGAUUUGAUUGAUAAAAUAACAUUUAAGCACAAAACUGUUCUCUUGACAGUGAUAUUUAUGUGGCCACAGAGAAACUUAUGGAGGGCUGGAUUUUGCCCCCAUGCCUUUAGUUUGACUCGCAUGCCCUACUCCUAUGGGUUUGUUCAUAUUUUCAUAGUGAGCCUACAUGGCUGGUCAGAGAGAGUAACCUUUCCUUUCAAAGGGCCACUUUUGCCCCUGCUGUUACAAAAUAAAACUCACAUAGAGCCACAACAGACAAUUUUCUAAACAUGUAAGGCAUAAGAUAUUUUAAUAUGAAAGCAAAGAAAAACUAAUUUACUUAUUUUAAAAAUAAAAUCAACCCUCUGGUACAAAAGAGAAAAAACUAUUUUGUAAAAUGAGGUGAGCCUUUCCUAUAAAUAUGGAAAGCAAAGAAAGAUUGGUUGCAUAGAUUGAAGCUAGCUUCUUUUAAAAAUUUGUUGCAUAUAUUCCAUGCAGAUAUGCAGAUUAAGUUCUUCUUAAAGACCCCUAGAAUGACCAUUUCUUGUUGCAGGCAUGAUCAUAAUCAUUUCCUUUUUUGUUUUGUAAGAGCCACUGUAGGACCGCAGGUUGCAGACUCCCAGCCUAUUAAUGUUGCUUGUGAACUCCCACUCCCACAGCAUUGACAAGCUCAACUCUUUCUAGAAGAGUCAGGGCAAGCACUGUAUAUAUCAUACUUAGUGUUCCACCACAGUAGUGUGGGCUUUGGCUCUAUGAUAAAACUCAACAUAAUGUGCAGGCUCACAUUGCAACUAGUGAAGAUUAGCCAUUAUCAUUAUGAGAUGGAAUACAGAUAAGCUCUCCUGUUCCUUCCUGCCAUCAUCACGUUAUCUCUCAUCAGUCCUCUUAUGCUGCUUCUUGUUUGUGCCUCUCUGUCAGUGCAUUUUACAAAUUAGUGCUCUGCUGGAAGGAGGUAGAGGAACUUGAUUUUUUUUUUCUCACUUUUUGUAUUAUUGUGUAAGCUGUGUCCAACACCCUUCUCUUUGUGAACACGUUUGCUGAAAACAUUUAUCUGUCUUAUAGUGAAUAAAUCAAUCAGAACAUA